GCAGAUUCCUUUAGCUCAAGGAGAUGCUACAGAGCAAAUUUUAACAGGUAGCUAGGAGUGAAUAUGAAGUAAUAUCUGAGGUGGAAUAAGUCAAUUCUUUCGAGAGCGGCAGACCAAGAGAAAAGGAAAGACAAGCAAAGUGAAAGACCAGUGGUUUUCGGCACCGCUCAAGUGCAACGCGAGUUCGUUUCCUCUCGAUAUACGUCCGCGGAAACUCAACCAGUGAGAUGAAACAUCUCGUCCGCCGAGGGAAGCCACCCAAAACUUCAAAGGAAACAACCAGCCAAAUCACAUCGAAAAUCAUGAGUGUUUCAGCCUUGAAGUGGAAACUCGGAGGGAGAAACAACAAGAGGGCCUUCAUGAAGGUCAGGAGUCACUCGUCACACUUGUGGCGAGUCAAAUCGCUUUGCCAAAGACUGCCAAGACAAGGUACGACAAGGAAACUCAUAGGCGUUUCCACAGGCGUGAAGUGAGGGGGAACAAACCUUUGAUAAUUCCAGUUCAAGGGCAUUACUUCAAACAUUGGGCAUAAGCCUUUACCUCAGGAAUGGUGCACCAGACUCGACAGUGCAUCGAUAAGGAUUGUGGGUGUCAGAAACACAUUCAAGGUUUCUGAGGAUGGACAACCAGCCAAAAUCGUGGAAAAGGAUCAUAGAGAAUCGCAUGAAGAUAAGAGAUUAUUAUAAUGUGGAUUGUGAUGAGCUGCUUCGAAGCUUGACAGAGAAGGGUGUCUUCACCGUGCAAGAAGAAAGAGGGAUCCGAGAAUUAAAAGGCCCAAAGACGAAGUUUGACAAGCUCUUCCAAGUUCUCUUCACCAAGGAUCCGCAAAGAUACUUCGACGUCUUCCUCGAAGCCCUAAAUCACAUUGGAAGGAAGGACGUCGUGGACUUCUUUCAAGGCAUGUCCGAGGUGAGAGGAGGACCAUCAAGGUUAUUAGGAGGUCUUCUUAGAGCGAACUGGGAGACAUUGAAGACCAGCUUGGUUCAUGAAAAGGUGGCAAUACACAGCUAUCUGUCAAGACUCCUUCCUGAAGAAGACCAGAGUUACAUUUCGAAAGUACCAAAGAAGGAUCAAGUAGUCAUCUUUCUGGCCAAAUUAGUGAACGAGAUCAAUGCAAGGAAUUUCGAUAGCUUUCUGGACCUGCUAACAAUCGAUGAACAGGAUCAUGUCGCCAGAAAACUUCGAGGGCAACCAAAGGGUGAGCGACCAAAGUCCCUGCAAGAAUUCUUCCUCAUGAAAUGGGAGUACCUGUGCGACCAAUUGGACCCCGAGAGUCUCGCAGGUCCCCUGUUCUCGAGGGGAAUUCUACUCUCCGGAGAUUUGGACGAAAUCGUGACGCCAUGGGAGCAAAAAGAGAGGAAAGUCAUUCUUUUGAUGAAGCUAUUACAAAGAAUCUCGCCAAGCAAUAUCCAGGAUUUCUUCAGAGUUCUGAAAAUGACAGGGAAAUGCAAAAUGUGCGAACACCUUGAGAAAGAAUUGGAGGCCAAUGGAUUGCUAUGCGCAACAGCUGACAGAGAGAAGCAGGAAGAUUCGAAACCUGAGAGAUAUCACAAAACACGUGAUGGAGGCAGAAGAGAUGUUUCAAUGGAAAAAGAAACGAAGAAAGGGACUGCAGCGGGCGUGGUCACUGUGGGAGCCGGCGCGGGGAACAUGGUGCUCGACUCUUUCCUGGGAGCCGGCAUGGGGCUCCACUUUGCCCUCGGUCUCGUGGGAGCCAUCGUAGGAGAUGCUGUUUCCUUCAUUACUUUUGGCUUUUCUGAUUGGAUUCGGAGAAAGAAGAACGUUUGGGUGACGUCCGAUGAAGAGUCAGAAAAAGUCCAUGUUAUGUACGAAUCGGAUCGACCCCGCAAUCAAGUUUCCAUUUGGGUGCAGGCGAAACGCAGGGGGAACUUUUUCUCCAGCACCUUACAGCUGCUGGAAAAUGGAAACUUCGUUCCCUCGGCGCUCGACGCCAUCCCGUCAUCAAAUGAAAUCACUUUCGCGCACGCAGCUGGACAGGCCAGGACGAACGUGACGCCACGGGACGGCUGGAAGAGUCAACAGAGCCGCUUAGAAACAGGACGAGCCUUGAGACCCGGAGUUCUGGAGCUUAGAGUCCCGAGAGGGAUGCGGGCCGGCCGGAUCAGCCCGACGCGACCCCAGGUCCAGCGAUCGAGUUUCGGGAGGUCCGGGUUCUAUUCCCAGCCGUUCCCUGGUAUUCUUUCGUCCUCUCGAGCCAUCCAUCUCCUCCUCCUACAGAUGACGGCUCGAGAGCGAAAGACAGACAUCCAGAGCAAGGCAUGA